AUGUGAGAUGAGCACAGUAAAGUUAUUAGGUGUGUGGACAAGUCGAAACUUGAGUAGUCGUUAUUUUAAUCGCGGUGUUGUCGGGAACACGCGAAUAAAUUAUUAUGGAGCACUACGAUGUUUACUGCGUCCUUUCGGUACAGUUUCGGAGAAAGAAGCAGGCGUUUCUCCAGGGAGAAAAAGAGGACUGAGAGCCGCGGAUAUCGCAGAAAAGCUCCGGCGUGAAAAAGAGGAAAAGCCAGAUGCAAAAAAUAAAGUUCCGGUCUCUCCUGUACAGCGGAAUGUGGCAGAACUGAGGCAGCUCACUCAGCAGCUCCAAUCUGUCCAUCCAAAUGUUUUCGCAAAAGCACUCUCUAAGAGUAUUCUGUACCAAGACCAAAACCUCAUCGCUAUAAAUAAGCCAUAUGGAGUCCCAGUUUACAGUACUGGAGGCAUCGGGAACAGCAUUGCAGAGAGUCUGCCAGUCCUGGCCAAAAUUAUUGACUGCACGAAAGGAGGAUCCAAGCUGCACGUCUGUUACAAUCUCGAGAAGGACACCACAGGCGUUUUGUUCCUGGCCAGGACGGAGGAAACUGCUGAACGAAUACACAAUCUCAUCAGAUCGCAUCAAGCAGAGAAAAGAUACAUGGUGAUCACUGUUGGUGUCCCUGUUCCUUCUGAAGGUGUGAUUGACAUCCCCAUCAUUGAGAAGGAGGUCAUGGGGGACCAGCAUCACUUUAAGAUGGGUUUGAGUCCGCUUUACAGACCGACCGAGGAGGGAGACGGGUUGGUCCGAGUGAGAGCUAACCGGCAAGCGCAGAGCGCCGUCACACACUACAAGGUCCUGGACAGCAGCUCAGGAUGCAGCUUGGUGGAGCUCCAGCCAGUCACAGGAGUGAAACAUCAGCUGCGGGUUCACAUGGCGUUGGCUUUGGCUUGCCCUAUUCUGGGAGAUCAUAAGUACACCCACUGGAAUAAGCUGGCUCCUCAGAAGUUACCGGAAGGUGUGCUGCGGCGGCUUGGACUGGAGCAGAGCAAAACCCGACACCUUCCUCUCCACCUCCAUGUCCGACAGAUCACCCUACCAGGGGUCAGGGGUCACGAUGACCUUACUGUGUCCUGCCUGCUUCCCAAGUUCUUCACAGCAGCUCUGAAAAAACUGCAAAUCGAGCUGCCCGAGAAGCCGUAAGAAAUGAGAAACACCUUGGAUAUGAAUGUAAACUCUUUAACUGGACACCAAGGCUUACAGGAAGUCAGAACUGUGGCAUCAAAUAAAGUGAGAACAGGAUACGCUGACUGGAGGUGCGUGAAAGACGCAACCAUGCAGAUCAAAUUGCUUAGAGCCAGGUCUAUGUUGACUGGGUGAUCAAGGGACCUUUUUUUUUUUUAAGGUUGUGUUAUAUGUAAUAUGUGUGAUUAUUUUAUUAAACCCUAAAUAAAUUGAACUUCUGAGC